AUGGCUCUGCCCUAUCGCGAUGGAUGGACGGCUUCGCGCAAAUACUGGUUCGCUCUGCUUUUCAUCGCCAUUUUCAGCGCCAAGGUCCUCCACGUCUACUCCCAUCUCAGUUCCCUUCCUUUGCCACAGCUUCUGGUCUGGGGUCCGACAUUUUUCGUGCAGGAUGUUUUGUGCAUCUUCGUCUGCUGGGGCCUGUGUCGCAAUUUCCAUAACAAAUGGGUCCGUAUUUCGGCGGCGUUGGUGGCCGUCCCCGCUAGUAUCGCGAUUUCCUUCAUGUCUGCCGCUAAUGCCUCGUUCUACAUCACCACCGGUGCCGAAAUUCACUGGCGCCAAGCUCAUUCGUUCCACCGCGAUUUCGCCUCGGUUAAGACACUCCUUGCCGGUUUGACUGGUGUUCUCAUUAUCGAAGCCGUAUUCCUCAUCGUAUCCUGGUUUACCGCCACUUAUCUUUACAACGGUGUGAGGGAGGUUUUGCGGGCCUUGAGCUCCUGCGUGGGAUUUGCUUUCCGUUGCUGUCGGAGAAAGUCGACCCCUCUCCCAGACCCGGAGAUUUACGAGCAAGUGGCCGUUGACGACUUUGACGAUAAGAGCGACUCAGACUCGGUUUUUCUUCUGGGCGAGCCCACCAAGCCGGUAGAGAACAACACUCGCUCUACUCUCCUGAAACGUGCUGUCAUUCUUUUCGCCGCUACUUAUGUCGCUUUUCUGGGCUGCAUCCGCCCGUCCGACUCUGCAUACUGGUUUUUGUCCCAAACUCUCGUUGUUACGCCUUUUGGCGGCUCCCGACCCCAUGGCGGCCACGCACUCGUUGAUAUUCCUGGUGCCUUGGGCGAAUACAGCUGGUUGGGCAACCGUACGGCCCUGGAUAUCCCACCGAAAUUCGAUUGGUUGCCGGUCGAGGAGCUGCCUGGAUUCCGAGACUGGUAUGCGAAUAAGAACAGCAAGGAGCCGUAUCUCCACUACAACCCGAAGCAGGACCCUCUGCAUGUCUCGAACUUGGAAGGUGAAGUCAUCGAGCCUUACCGCAAAGCUCUCCAUGAUGGGAGUGUUAAAAUCAAGCACGUCUUUCUGAUCAAGUUGGAAAGUACCAGAGAGGAUGUUUUCCCUCUUCGCAAAGACUCCUUCAUGCACGACCGCCUCAAAAGCUCGUUCAAUGGCAAGGUUCCUGACGAAGUUGAACAACGAUAUGCUAAUUUGACACCAACGGCGGAGCGUCUGACCGGAACACCCUCUGGAUGGAAUGGAAACAAUGUCAAGCCGUAUGGUGGUAUCCACGCCACAAACUCCCACACUGCCGGUACUUUUACGCUCAAGAGUCUGACGGGUUCAAUUUGUGGUCUUUCGCCUCUGGUUGUUGACUUCAACAAGGAGUACCUGCACCACAUUUACCAGCCUUGCAUGCCUCACAUCUUCGAUGCUAUCAGCGCUCAAUACAAUGGAACCGACAAGACUAAGGAGACCAACCGUACAGACGAUUUCACCUCCUGGCCGUGGCGCACCGCGUUCAUGCAAUCCAUCACUGAUCUCUACGAUAACCAGAACUUCCUGACACCUGUUCUGGGCUUCAAAGACUCGAUUAAUGUCGACACAAUCAUGGAAGACCGUGCCAAGAACCCCAAGUCUGGAACCGAGGAGGUCAACUUCUGGGGAUACCCCGACGAUGAGCUGCGAGACUAUUUCCGUGAUGCUCUCAACAAGGCCGAAGAGGACAAGGAACGCUUGUUCAUCACCCACCUUACUGGUAUCACCCAUUACCCUUGGAACAUGCCGCAUGAUGAGUUUGAAGAAAUGGCUGGCUCUACGUGGCUUCCUUUCAACAAGAAGCUUGGCCGCUAUUUGAACACUCUUAACUACAUCGACAAGUGGCUUGCCGAGACCUUGCAAAUCCUGGAGGAAACCGGGGCUGCCAACGAGACCUUGCUUGUGAUAACUGGUGACCAUGGUAUCACACUUCCUGAGGAUGGCGGUGUCACACCUUACGAUAACCCUCACAUCUCCAACUUCCACGUCCCAUUGGUCUUUGCCCACCCACAGCUUCCUGCCAUCGAAAUCGAUUCCCCAGUUACUUCGAUGCAAAUUCUACCCACUAUUCUCGACCUUUUGCAAGAGACAUCGUCCGUUGAUGAAAAGGGCAUGCGUGUCAUCAAGGAUCUGCUCCCGAUGUAUGAGGGCCAAUCGAUUAUCCGACCACUCGUUCCUGAAGCCAACGGAAAGCAAGACUGGCAGUUCACCGUUAUGAAUACAGGAGGCACCUGGGUUUCUUUGCGAUCUGCUGCGAAGCCAUACCGCUUGGUCAUUCCUCUCGUACCGGAUGUGGAAUGGCGAUUCUCGAAUGUUGAGACCGAUCCUAAGGAGAGAAGCUACCUGAUGUCCUUCGAUCUUUUGGCUCUGAUUGACCAGGCCAAGAGACGGUAUGGCGAGGACGCCUACCAGUGGAUCAACGAUGCGGCGCAUGUUGCUCAAUGGUGGCUCAAUGAUAACUGGCGCCGUUACGAAUACACACCAUAG